CACUGAUGAAAGAAUUCAGCCACCAAUGGAGCCAACUGAGCGGCCAAGCUCUGCUGGAUGUCGCAGAGUGUAUCGCAGAGCUCGUGGAGUGGGUUUAUGCCAGGAGCCCUGAAGUCGUCCAGCGCUAUGCCCUGCCCGUGCUCUGGUCCUUCCUGGACAACAAAGCGCUGCCUGUCCGCAGUGCCAACAUCCGCACUGUGGCCACCAAGCUUGCCCUGGCCCUCUACGAGGCGAUGGGCAACAAGCUGAAGAAAUGUGCAGCCAGCAAGCCUCCACACAUGCGGGAGAACCUCUCCAACAUUUUGUACUGGUGAAGGCAGGAUGUUCUCCAGGAAGAUGACCAAGUGCUGAGUUGGACACCUCCAGAUUUGACUUCUUAGCUGUGCCAAAAAUGACAAAACACUAAGGAAGGGUGUGCAUCGGCCCCCGCUCUCUCCAUCGCCCUUCCUAGUCAUGACAUGGGGGGCCUGAAGAAACUCCAGACUGAAGACAAGGUGAAGGCUGAGCAUGGAUCAGCCUCACACAGAGACCUGACUGGCUAUCCUCUUACCAAGAGGUUUUUUCUGGACACUUCUGAUUGUCUCUUACCCGCAAAGUCCUUGCUUCCCAUCCAGAAGAGCGCUCAUCCCUCCAAGCUCAGGAAGAAGCUGCCGCCUGCCUGAAGAGUAGUUGAAGAAUAGGAUUUAUGCAUUAGUCUUCAUAGAUACAGAUAUACAUAUGUUCUGAUAUUUAGAUGUAGUUUUGAUUAAAUGUAUUUUGAUUGUAUCUUGAAAUUUUAUGACAUAUUUUUAAGUGUAUAUAUUUUAGUUUUAUGAUUAAAAAAAAGGUAAAUAAAUAAAUAAACUUUAAAUAAGCCAA